GUCUGGAAACACUCACGCCAAUAAAAUCACACUCCUUUGUGGCACAGCCUCGACCUUACGGUACUAAACGUUUGCCCUCUUCCUCCUGCACAGUCACGUUUGCAGGGCUUCGUACUCUCCUUUGAGCCGUUACGCAAUCUUAUAUACCUGAGCAUGCGCCUACGGCUCACCUUAGCACCACAACCAUCUAAACACGGGGUCAACCAGCACCGCUCACUCGGCAUUGCGUUACUCGAAACGACGUCAUUGGAAGCUCCUUAGCACGCGCAAAACCCGGGCCAUUUGACGAAUUCCAUUCUCACGAAAGUGCACUUUCUACCUCACGACCAACACUAAGCUUACCAUGAUGCCGUCGCAACGCCGCUUCAAGGCCAUCAGCCUGUUCGUAAUCGUAACUAUUGUCAUCAUAUUUUACAUGUCAAGCGCGGGCCAGCAGACACGGUCAUCACCCUUCUACACCAAGACACAACAGGCGUUGCAAGACCGACAGUAUGAGGAAGCAGCAAAACAACGAGACGCCGACAGCGUAGGAUCGCGACUUAAGGCCGCAGAAGACCAGGCAAAGAAGGCAGCAGACGACAAACACGCAAAGGUCAAGGAUAGCGUCGAAGGAGACGCGAAGAGCGUCGCAGGACGAGUUAAGCUAGACGGAGACAAGGUUCCCGGUGUCGCCGCGCAAGGCGGCAAGCCACGCGACCAAGCAGCCAUGAAUGAGCACGAAACACCAGAAGACCACGAAGUGGAGAUGGAGCUGAACGCCAUUUUGAGGAAGAGUCCCACCAUCGUAUUCUCCAAAUCCUACUGCCCAUACUCGAAAAUGGCCAAACACAUCCUCCUCGACAAAUACACAAUCGUCCCCGAACCCUACGUCGUCGAACUCGAUCUACAUCCGCUCGGCCCGAAGCUACAGGAAUUCCUGGGCCAUAUGACGGGUAGGCGGACAGUGCCGAAUGUGCUGCUCAUGGGCAAGAGCAUCGGCGGCGGCGACGACAUGCAAGAGCUCGACGAGACGGACGCGCUGGUGGAGAAAUUCAAGACCAUGGGCGGGACGCGGAUCACGAAGGUCGAACACCGGGAGGCGCGCGGGGAGAAGAAGGCCAGUCGGCGACGCGCUUGAUUUUCUUGAGCGGCUCGUUUUCGUGUGUACACUCCAUGGGCAUGACUACUCUGGGAUUCGGGUAGGAUUGGUUGUUUUGCUUGGGUUCACGGGUGUCGCUGGGUCUGGUUAGGUCUGGUCAUGGAUAUACCCCCGUAAUUCCAACGUUUCUUCUCUCUAUGCACAUGUCUCGAGCUGAGUCUUAGCCAACCUUUCUCAUACUCAGAGAGCACAUUGGGUGUGCUACUAACGUUCUUUGGACAUGUCAGGAUAUCGAUGUCGUCAAUUGUUCUUUGUAACUCAAUAGUAUCUUCGUCUUUGAGUACAGGCUGGGAGUCUAUCCGUCAGAGCAAGAAGGAGUGAUGGGUAUGAACUUGUGCACGAGUUUUGU